CAGAUUCUGACUCAGAUUCAGAUUCUGAAGAAGAUACCACUGCUAAAACAGUUUCUGUAAAGAAAGAAGAAUCUAGUGGUAGCUCAGAUAAUGACUCGGAUUCCGAUUCUGAUAAACUAGCAACAUCUACUAUUCCUGCUAAGAGGCUUCUGACAACAGAGAAAAAGAGUGAACAUUCCAAGGAUGAUUCUGAUGAGAGUGAUGAAGAGCCUGCACUAAAGAAGCCUAAGGAAUUUUUGGUGUUUGCUUUUUCAUCUGAAAAUUUUGGUCUCAAGGUUGCCAAGAAAGAAAGCAGUGGUGAUGAUGACAAUUCUGAAGAGAGCUCCAGCAGUGAUGAUGAAAACGAUCAAUCGGUGUCAAUGUGAAAGUCCGAGCAGAACGAAGAACGAAGAUCUGAAUCACCCUCACCCCUCUAGAGAAAUCAGUUUACUCAUUCAAGUUCUGGAAAUUCUUUAUAGCUUUCUGAGUUUACUCCGGUCUUGCAUGUGUUAGCUUUCUAUUUGUGCCCCUUUCUUUGUCUGUUUCUUGUGUGCAAGCGCUCCAUUAUGUGUGUGUGACUGUGUGUGGCUUGACUCUGUGUGUCUGGCUUGACUCUCUCUGUGUGUGUGGCUUGACUGUAUGUGUGUGUGGCUUGACUGUAUGUUUGUGUGCUUGACUCUCUCUGUGUGUGUUUGUGUGACUCUGUGUGAAUAUUGCAUUUGCUUGAUGGUGUGGUUUGUAUGCUUUGUUGAAUGAUUGAUUGUGUAUAACUAGUGUUUUAUAUUGUUAGGGCCUAACACUGCCUUUGCCGGUCCCUAGCCUGGAUGUGAAAAUGUGGAGGGAGCUGCAGUUACCUCUUUUGUAUUGUUUGCAUUACGAGUGUCGAUAGAAAUUACACAGUCUAGGUUACUGUCCUAAUCGAAUAGUGAAUCUUCACAUAAUUUGUUUGCAUGUGAUUCCUUUCUGAAGUUGUACGAGGUCAGUGUUUUUCUUAUACGGUACCAAAGGGAAGCGACUGUGUGUGGCUUGACUCUGUGUGUGUGUGUGUGGCUUGACUGUGUGUGUGUGACUGUGUGUGGCUUGAUUGUUUGUGUGCUUGACUCUGUGUGUGUGUUUGUGUGACUGUGUGUGAAUGUUGCAUUUGCUUGAUGGUGUGGUUUGUAUGCUUUGUUGAAUGAUUGGUUGUGUAUAACUUGUUUUAUAUUGUUGGGGCCUAACACUGCCUUUGCCGGUCCCAAGCCCGGAUGUGAAAAUGUGGAGGGAGCUGCAGUUACCUCCUUUGUAUUGUUUGCAUUACGCGUGUCGAUAGAAAUUAUACAGUCUAGGUUACUGUCCUAAUCGAUAGUGAAUCUUCACAUAAUUUGUUUGCAUGUGAUUUCCUUUCUGAAGUUGUACGAGGUCAGUGUUUUUUUUAUACGAUACCACAUGGAAGCGAGUAACUAAGAAUCUAGGCCUAUAAGGGUUUGAUUUUUCUCCCUUUCCGAUUUUUUUUACGGUGCCUUGUCAGCAUGACGUGUAUGGUGCUUUGGUUUUACUUCUGUGCGUGAUUUUUUUAGGUGGAGAGGUCUGCACGUACGACAUGUUUUGGAUUUGUUUUGGAGUCCACCGCUUUGACCGUCUUCUGAUGCUUUGACUGUUUCCAUCGUAGGUGACGUGUGCUUUCUGGUUUUGACUGUUUCUCCUUGUUUGCCAUGUAUCAUGUUUGUAUAUCAGUUUGUUUGGGCCGAUUUUUCUGGGCUCUUCUUGUGGUACGGGUGUGUUCCUUUCUUUUUUCUUCUGCUGCCUAUAAAGUCCUUCUGGCAUUAGAUCUUCUGGUCGAUCUGUUCCAACUCACUCUGAAUAUAUUCCUGAUGCUACUUCUGGCGGUGGAUCUUCUGGUCGAUCUGUUCUAAGUGCCGCUCAAUAUGUUCCUGGUAUGUCUUUUGACCGCCCUGAUUCAGUUUUAACCAAUAAUAAAUAAUCCAAUAGCACGUUACACAAUUGAUACCAUUCGACUUGUAUACAGAAGUACUUCUUUGUUACUGUAGUUAUGAUUGUUAACUUGUAACCAUCAGCAAAAUAUUGCACAAGAAAUAUAGAUUCGACGUUUAAACUUGGACAGCCAAUCUUUGUCCUACUUUUGAUACCUUAAGCUCACAGCAUCUCUGGAAUCGCCAAAAUUUCCUCAUGUGGACAUUUUUUUGUCUAUAUGUUGAGCAACCACAUUGUCUGUUGUGCCCCAUGAUAAGCUACUUUGUUGGACCCUACUAGAGAAAUAAGUGCCCAUUGUACUUGUAUGCAUGAGUGCAUUUUCCUGGCAUGGGUUCUUGAUGUGCACCCUUCUCCAAAUUGCCUUGGUUAUAUGCAAUGCUGGUAAUCCAUAAUAUGACUCUUUCUAUUUCAGGACCUAGGGAGCUCACUGGUGCUGUUGAUUUAAUAAGUCAGUACAAAUUGCAGCCGCACCAUGAUUUCUUUUGCAAGAGGCCUUUGCCACUUGCAAUCUCAGAUACACAUUACCUUCACAAUGUUGUGGGGGACACUGAAAUUCGGAAAGGAGAAGGAAUGAAGCUAGGUCAACUCGUUCAGAAUGCAUACUUAAGGGAUAAGCCUGCUUAUAUUCAGCCCUUUGAUAUGGAAACACUGGGGCAAGCAUUUCAGCUUCGAGAAACUGCUCCAGUAGAUUUACCCUCUGCGGAAAAAGGCAUACCUACUAUUUCGGGCAAACCGAAAAGUGAGUCCAAGGACAAAGAGAAAAAACAUAAAAAGCACAAAGACAAAGAUAAAGACAGGGAGCAUAAGAAGCACAAACAUCGACAUAAGGAUCGGUCUAAAGACAAAGACAAGGACAAGGAUAAGAAAAAGGAUAAGCAUCAUGAGAAGAAGAGGAAGCAUGAGGGGACAGAGGACUCGGCAGACGUGCAUAAGCACAAAAAAAGCAAGGUGAUAUACAAUUAUUAUUUGCUUCCUGGUACAACAAAUUUCCUUGCAGCACAUUUUGUUGGUCUGUUAACAUGACUUAUCUAUGACAGCAUAAGAGUUCCAAAACCGAUGAGAUGGGUAAUGGAAUUAGUUAGCUACAGUUUUCUUCUUACUUCUAUUGUCAAUCAGUGUCAUAUUCUGUUAGAAGGAGGCUCAAAAGGUUUCCGUCACCAGACCCUCUGCAGAUCAAUUGUUUUGGAUCCUACUGAAGCGCGCCGGCGUCGGCAUGAGAUUCGACAUGGGAAGCGUUCUAUUUAUUAACCACGGUCCAUUGGCUGGAGUCAAGGAAAUUCUCAAGCAUAAAACGGCAUCUUCUUACUCGGCGUGCUUUUAAAGGAGAA